GUCUCUAAUUCAAUUUGUGUAUGUCAUUGUUCACGUUCGUGAUUCGUAUAUAUUUAAGGCCUUAUAUUUGUGUUGAUAAAAUUCAAGUGUCUGUAAUUUAAUUUGUGUGCGCACGUUCGUGAAUCAUAUUAUAUUUAUGGCUCUUAGAGAAGGAUCAUCAUCUUCAACCUCGGGCUAUGACCGCCCGAGCACUACUUCACACACGCUACUCAAGCCGGCUUGCUCAUCGCAAAGUGGCAAGCAAAAGAGAAAGGCAGGAAGGAAGAAGUUCCAGGAGACACGUCACCCAGUCUACAAGGGCGUCCGGCAGAGGAAUGGGAAGUGGGUCUGCGAGAUGAGGCAACCAAACAAGAAAUCUCGUGUGUGGCUCGGGACCUUUUCGAGCCCGGACAUGGCUGCUAGGGCUUAUGACGUAGCCGCCUUAGCUCUCAAGGGAGAGACCGCUUCGUUGAAUUUUCCUGAAGCGGCGCGUGCUUUACCUCGCGUUAAAUCAUCAUCUUCCAUUAGGGAUAUACAAUGUGCUGCUUUGGAGGCAGCAGUGGGGUUUUCGAAAGAUGUUAAACCAUGUUCUUCUUCGUCCUCGUCAUUGUGCUUGUCCAUUCCAUGCUCAGAGAAGGUUUCCAAAGCUUCUAGAAAAUCGUUCAUGGAUGAGGAGGCGUUGUUUAACAUGCCGGGGUUACUUGACAGCAUGGCGGAGGGGUUGAUCCUCACCCCGCCAGCCAUGCAGAAGGGGUUUAAUUGGGACGGUUUGGAAAAUACCGUGGACCUAACCCUAUGGAGUACUGACCGACAUUAAUUACACAGAAAAUGAUAGGUGAGGGACAAACAACCGUUCCCUAUCAUCCUCUUUUAGUUUUUUAAAUCAAAAAAUAUAUAAAUUUGUCCUUUGAUAAGGAUAAAUUUUGAUUUUUUUUUAUUCAAAAUAAAAAAAGGGUUGAUGGAGAAGGAAAACCGUCCUCACGUAUCACUGCUCUAAUUACACAGUAAAUGAUUUAAAUUACUGUGAGAAAGGUUUUGUUUUGUUCAAAUGAAAAAUUCUAACAUUUUCCCUCCCCAUGUAUC